UAAACGAGAACAAGGUGAAGCGAAAACAAAUUCUUUGUAAUCUGUCAAACAGAUGACUGUUCAAUCGGUGUAUCCGCCUUGAGUAAUAAUUUAAUAGUGAUACAAGUGAGGGGUCCCAAUAUGACGACCCAAGUACAAGCUCUGUACGACUUCACGGGUGAGCCCAACACCACGGAGAUGUCAAUCACCUGUGGAGAGAUACUGACAUUAGUUAACACUGAAAUUGGUGAAGGAUGGUGGGAGGGAAAGAAUGCUAAGGGAGAAACAGGACUAUUUCCUGCUGCAUAUGUUCGUAAACUGGCACCAGACGAGUCUAUCCAGACUAAGGCAGCACCAGCUGCACCCAGGUACGACCAAGCCACUGAUGACUGGGGCGACCAACAGUUCAGUGCUGGUGAUAGUAAUUUCCAAAGAGGUACCUCACAUGAAGACGGCUGGGAUGAUGAUUGGGAUGACGACACAUACUCUGAAAUUGGCCCUGUACCACAACAAAGCAAGGCUCAACAACAGCAACAAUACAACCAGCAGCUGACUCCUCUUCCAGGAAUGCCUAUAAGUGACUAUAACCACCAUGUAGAAGAGACUGCCUCCAACUAUGGAUCCUCAGUGGGAACAGUUAGAAAGAAUAAAUUUGCACCCUCGUCUAAAGUCAGUGGAGAAAGCUAUUUACUUGCCACAUUAAAUGUUGAAGUGCGGGAUUCAGAAAAGGUGUACAUUGUUCAAGAAGAGGACAGGUAUGAAUGGUGGCCAAUCACACAACCUUACACUGUCACUGUAGCUUCUCCAAAAAAGGAAUCCAAGUUUAAAGGUAUCAAAAGUUUCAUUGCUUACCAGUUGACCCCAUCAUUCAACAACAUUCAAGUAUCUAGAAGAUACAAGCACUUUGAUUGGCUACAUGAGAGGUUGCAAGAGAAAUUUACUCUCAUUCCUAUACCACCAUUGCCAGAUAAACAAAUAUCUGGCAGAUAUGAUGAACAAUUGAUAGAGCGCAGAAGAGUCCAACUUCAAGAAUUUGUAGACUGGAUGUGCAGGCACCCAGUGCUAUCAAAGUGUGAGGUAUGGCAACACUUUCUCACCUGUACUGAUGAGAAGCGGUGGAAAGCUGGCAAGAGACAGGCUGAAAGGGAUCCCUUAAUAGGUCUAAAUUAUUGCAUAUCAAUUGUAGUACCUGAAAAAGCUUUAUUACAGUCUCAAGUGGACCACAUAACAGAACAAUGCCAUAUGUUCAUAACCAGUAUGGACACAUCCGUCAAGUCUGUCUCUAGCAUGUGUAUAGCACACACUAAGAAGCUGCAGGGCCCUUACAAAGCUGAUUGCCAGAAAGUUGGAGAGGCAUUCUGUAGUUUAGCUGCUUCACUAAGCCUGGACGAAGGGUCAUUAGCGUCGACAUCAAAACUCACCACUGCUAUUAAAAUGACUGGCAGCGCAUACAUCGACAUGGGUCGAAUGUACGACGAACAUCCCAAAUACGAUUGGGAACCGCUCGGUGAUAAAUUCCAUCUGUACAAGGGUGUGGUGGGAGGUUUCCCUGACGUGCUGGGCACCCACAAAAGUGCAGUACAGAAAAAGCGGGAAUGUGAGAGACUAACUGCUGAAAACAAAAUGGAAAUAGCCCAACUGAACGAAGUACUCCGGCGGACCGACGUCGUAUCCUAUGCCCUCGUUGCCGAAAUCAAUCACUUCAAAGCCGAGAGAACUAAAGACCUGAAUGCCACAAUGCAAAAAUUCUUGAGACAGCAAAUACACUUCUACAAAAAAAUCGUUGAUAAAUUAGAAACUACUUUGAAAUACUAUGACGACGAAUAAGACACAAUUUUGCCAAGGAUUUGAUAACGAACUAAUAGCUGUAUAAUAGAUCCAUCACAGAACUCUUUAUUAUGAGCUAAACUUUAUCUAUUUAGUGCUAACUAGUGCCAGGGUAUGCUUUUUAUAAUUUGACAAUGGGCAGGUUGUGAUAACUACUUCUCAUUGAUAAUUUAUACAAAUUGUCUAGAAUAUGUAUAACUUUUACAUCAAUCGAGACCCAAUUAGUAUGAAUUUAGGCGCAUUUAUUUAUGAGUUCUGAUAAAACUAAUAAAUAAUCAUAAAAUAUUGGAUAAUUAUCAAAAUUGUAUUUUAACAGUACUUCGAUUUCUUAUUGUGUAAAUUUAAUAGACCCAUAUUUAUUCCUCAUAAUAAAAUUAAUGAUUAUUAAAUCCAAAGGAUUAAAAGGCAGUAUUGAAAUAAGGUUGCAUAGAGUGAAUUUACAUUGUGAUGAAAUUAAGGACUGAAUGUAAAGUAUGAUAAUGAUAAAUAAUACGUCAUUAUUUUUUAAUUUUGAUAAACUCAAAUUGUCUGUAUAUAUUUUUCGCACUCUUACAAGGUCUUCAUAAUACAAUUUUUUUAUUAUGUAUACAUAUUUUUAUUUUAUUACAUGUACUAACUAUGGAUCAAUUAUUUUGAGACAUUUUGUUGUAUAAUUAUUUAGAAUAAGUGUUGUACUAUAUUCCACUUUUAUAAGCUAUUUUAGAAAUAUAAUUAAUAAACAAUGUAA